GGGCGCCCAUCGGAACUCAAACCUUUCUUGGGAUGGAAGGCAGCUCGUCCCGGAGACCAGAAGCUUCUAGGCUUUGUCGAAUCUCACUCCCACCUUUUAAACCCUUGCACACUUCGGCUUGCUUGAAGGAGUGCGGUGAAGGGCUAACGCAGACAGGGAAGAAGAAGGACUAGAGAGAGAGAGAGAGGAGAAGAGAAGAGAUGGCAGUGAGCGUAGAGAUCCCGAGGGAGUAUGGAUACGUGGUGCUGGUGGUGGUUCUCUACGUCUUUCUCAACUUUUGGAUGGGCGUCCAAGUCGGCAAGGCCCGGAAGAAGUACAAGGUGUUCUAUCCUAACCUCUAUGCGAUCGAAUCCGAGAAUAAGGAUGCCAAGCUCUUCAACUGUGUCCAGAGGGGCCAUCAGAACUCGCUGGAGGCGAUGCCGGUGUUCUUCGCGACGCUGCUGGUGAGCGGGUUUCAGCACCCCUUGAUCGCUGCCGGGCUCGGCGUCUUUUACACGGUCGCCCGAUUCUUCUAUUUCAAGGGCUACUCCACUGGAGUCCCAGAGAAUCGUCUUAAGAUUGGGGGACUCAACUUCGUGGCGUUGUUCGGGCUCAUAAUCUGCAUGGCCUCGUUUGGGAUCCAUCUGCUUAUCCGAGGAGUGCUGUGAUGCAGGUGCCAUGUGUUCGGUCUCUGCUUUGGUUGCUUUUGCUUGUGUUGAUGACUCCGUGUCCAUGGUUAGGAAUAAACCUAGAAAAUGCUAGGAGGAGUGAAGAUUUCUUUUGUGUCGCUUUCUGUGUAUUUUUAUGUUCAAAACUGAAUUACAGCUCUACAUAAGAGCAGAUCAUUCCUGGUAAAA